GCGCGGCCAUGGAGGACGAGAAGAGCUUCUCGGAUAUCUGCGGCGGCCGCCUGGCCCUGCGGCGCCGCUACUACUCACCGUACUGCCGCGAGUUCGGCCUCAGCUCGGCUCGGCUGUCGCUGCGCUCGCUCACGGCCGUCACCUGCGCCGUGUGGCUGGCGGCCUACGGACUCUUCACCCUGUGCGAGAAUAGCAUGGUCCUCUCUGCUGCUAUCUUCACCACCAUCUUAGGCCUGCUUGGUUAUCUCCAUUUUGUGAAGAUUGAUCAGGAGACUCUAUUAAUCAUCGAUUCACUUGGCAUCCAGAUGACGUCAUCCUACGCUUCAGGCAAAGAAAGUACCACCUUCAUAGAGAUGGACAAGGUCAAGGAUAUUAUCAUUAAUGAGGCUAUUUACAUGCAGAAGGUCAUUUACUACCUCUGCAUUUUACUGAAGGAUCCAGGGGAGCCACACGAGAUAUCUCAAGUAGUUCCUGUCUUCCAGAGUGCCAAGCCCCGGUUGGACUGCUUGAUUGAGGUAUACAGGAGCUGCCAGGAGAUUCUGGCACACCAGAAAGCCACGUCAACAAGGCCGUGAGUCUCAGCCUUCAUGGAGAGGAUCCUGAGCCACCAUGGCUGGCUUAUUUUCUGUACUUGUAGAAACCAUCAGGGGACACAGUCCUGGGAAUCAAAGUGAAUGGGCAGAUC